AUGCUUCGCCAAGGACUUCUGACUACACUUUCCUGCCUCGCGGCAAUCAGUGGCGUAGCUACUGGUAGGCCGGUCGAGAGGCGGAGUGUUAUCAACCACGACGCCGUCGUGGGCUUCUCAGAAACCGUCCCCGCUGGGACUAUCGGCGAGCUUUACCUCAAGUACAAGCCGUAUCUCAAAGUCUUUAACGGUUGCGUGCCAUUCCCGGCCGUAGAAGCCGACGGUGACACCAGCGGCGGUCUCUCCCCCAGCGGCUCCCCCGAAGGCGGCUGCUCCAGCAGCACCGGCCAAGUAUACGUCCGUAGUGCACAAUACGGCAGCGCCUUCGCCAUCAUGUACUCCUGGUACAUGCCCAAAGACUCGCCGUCCUCCGGCCUCGGCCACCGACACGAGUGGGAAAACAUCGUCGUGUGGCUCUCGGGCGCAAGCACGUCGGCGUCCGUCCUCGGCGUGGCCGUCUCCCAGCACGGUGGACACGACAAGAGUACGUCGCCCGACAUGUCGGGGACGCAUCCUACGGUUGGGUAUAUUAGCUACUGGCCCGUGAACCACCAGUUGAUUUUCACGUCGACAGUGGGUGGGACGCAGCCGUUGGUGGCUUGGGAGAACUUGACGGAUGCGGCGAGGAAGGCCUUGACGGAGACGGAUUUCGGGGAUGCGACUGUGCCGUUUAAGGAUUCUACUUUUGGAAACCAGUUGGCGAGUGCGGCGCUUUAG